AUGGCUUUCCAUUCCACCUCAUGGAUUACAGCCAUACUGCUGGCAGUAUGGAGCUGUUUCGCAACUGCGCAGGAGUCCGAUAUCAAGUCGAUACGGCUGCGAACGCACAGCCUGCAAACACCAUAUCUUGAUACGGACAUGCAGUCACGAUGGUGGGACUUUGGCGGAAGCGCAGUCAUACGAGCAGACCAAUACGUCCGCCUCACAGCACAACAGCCUUCGCAGUCUGGCUGGAUCUUCAGCCGAGUGCCCAUAACAGCUACGAACUGGGAGAUCACGGUCGACUUCAAGAUUCAUGGCACUGGUAGCCUUUUCGGCGAUGGUAUGACAAUGUGGGUUACGAAAGAGCGUGCGGAACAAGGGAACGUCUUUGGCAUGAAGGACAACUUCGAAGGUCUGGGCAUCUUCUUCGACACGUACAAGAACAACCGCCCGGGCGUAGUGUUCCCUUAUGUCAUGGCUAUGCUGGGAGAUGGCAAGACACCUUACGAUCAGGCAAACGACGGCAAGGCGAAUGAGCUGGCAGGGUGCUCGGCGCGCGGUCUUCGAAACCCAGACUUUCCGACAAAGGCCAAGAUUACAUACUUCCAGGACAAGCAGUUGACUUUGGAGUUGAUGUACAAGAAGGAGGAUGAGUGGACAAAGUGCUUCGAGGUGCCGAAUGUCAAGCUGCCACCUAUAACCUACCUGGGUUUCAGCGCCGAGACAGGAGAGCUCUCGGACAAUCACGAUAUCAUCAAGGUCGAGACGAAGAACCUCUACUCUCCGAGCGGCCAGGCUGGCACGGGUGGUGCCUCGGGCAGCAAAGACUACAGCCGUAAUAAGGGCAAGCCACAGAAGGUGAAAUCAAGCGGUGGCUGGUUGUGGUUCUUUGGCAAGUUCAUCAUCUUCGGCCUGGUAGUGGCUGCCGCAUACAUCGGAUACACAGCUUAUCGAACGCGGAGAAGGGACAGGUUCUAA